AUGCCUUUGUGGAUUCUUUCUGGCUGCCAUCCCUUCCUCCACACAGAGACAGAGUGACCGGGAGCCCUGACAGAUCCACAGGGGGUAGCCCUUUUCCCUGGGGAGUAAGUCCUUUGGUAGGGGCCUUGUGGCCAAGUAGUAGGCCUGUGGGGGUCUUGGGCUGUCACCAGGACUCCACAGAGCGAUGCAGAGUCCUGGGCCAUGAAGGACUAUUCAGAUGUGAUUCGCUGCACUGAGGUGACAGAGGUGAGCAAGACUGAGUUCUGCAAUCCUGCUUUCGAGCCCGAAGCAGGACCACCUGGUCCUCCUUCAGCCUUCCUGCAAGAUGCCAGCUACAGCAUCCGAGCUCCCUGGCACGGCCGGCAUCACCGAAGGAUGCCACCAGACUGCCACUUCUCUUGGCUCUGUGUCUUCCUGCUCAUCCUGCUGCUGCUCCUGCUGCUCGGGCUGCUGGUGGCCAUUAUCCUGGCCCAGUUGCAGGCUGCACCCCCAUCUGGAACCACAGAGCGCCCAUGGUCCACCACCAGCAUCACCCCUGCCAGCACCACCACCUCCCCAGCAUCUACACAGCAGCAGGAGGCAGGCAUGAGCCCCCCACACCAGGCUGCCUGUGGGGGCCUCCUUCCUGGUCCAAGAGGCUUCUUCAGCAGCCCCAACUACCCAGACCCCUACCCACCCAAUGCCCACUGUAUGUGGCACAUUCAGGUGGCCACAGACCACACGAUACAGCUCAAGAUCGAAGCACUCAGCAUGGAAAGCGUGUCCUCCUGUCUUUUUGAUCGAUUGGAAAUCUCCCCAGAGCCUGACGGCCCCCUCCUUAGGGUCUGUGGGAAGGUGCCUCCUCCCACGCUCAACACCAACACCAGCCGCCUCCGGGUCACAUUCGUCUCUGACAGCAGCGUGGAAGCAUCUGGUUUUCAAGCCUGGUACCAGGCUGUGGCCCCUGGGCAUGGGAGCUGUGCCCAGGACGAGUUCCCCUGUGACCAGCUCAUCUGUCUGCUGCCUGAAUCAGUGUGUGAUGGCUUUGCCAACUGUGCGGACGGCAGUGAUGAGGCCAACUGCAGUGCCACACUCUCUGAGUGUGGGGGGAAUCUGACAGGGCUCCAGGGCAUCUUUUCUACUCCCAACCACCUGCAGCAGUACCCACAGCACCAGCUCUGCACCUGGCAUAUCUCAGUGCCAGUGGGACACAGGAUAGAACUACAGUUCCUCAACUUCAGCCUGGAUGCACAGGAGGGGUGCAAGUUUGACUAUGUGGAGGUGUACGAGAUCCGAGGCUCCGGGGCCCUCAGCCUCCUGGGCAGGUUCUGUGGAGCAGAGCCACCCUCCCACCUCAUCUCCUCGAGCCAGGAGCUAGCUGUGCUCUUCAGGACAGAUCACGGCUUCGGCGGCGGAGGCUUCUCAGCUAGCUACCGGGCCUUGAAUGCCACGGAGAACCCCUGUGGGCCCAGAGAGCUCUUCUGCCAGGACGGUGGGUGCAGCGACCUGCAGUGGAUGUGUGAUUGGUGGCGAGACUGUGCAGAUGGCACCAAGGACAACUGCAGCAGCCUCCUGUUCCCACCCCCAGUGCUGGCCUGUGAACCCAUCAGGGUGGAGAUGUGCACAGGUCUGAGCUACAACACCACGGCCUUCCCGAACAUCUGGGUGGGCAUGGCCACCCAGGAGGAAGUGAUGGACAUCCUCAGAGGCUACAAGAGCCUGACAAGCCUUCCCUGCUACCAGAGUUUCCGGAGGCUCCUCUGCGGGCUGCUGGUGCCGCGCUGCACCCCCAUAGGCAGCAUCCUUCCCCCUUGCAGGUCGGUCUGCCAGGAGGCGGAGCGCCAGUGUCAGUCCGGCCUGGCCCUACUGGGCACCCCUUGGCCCUUCAACUGCAACAGGCUGCCUGAGGCAGCUGGCCUGGAGGCGUGUGCCCAGCCCUGACUCGG